AUGGUGACAGAGGAGGAGGUGGAAGCCAUCGGUCGGACGCUGGUGGAUGCGACCAAGCCUUUACCUGUCCGGUUCCGGGCUCUCUUUACCCUACGUAACCUGGGAGGCCGUGCGGCCGUGGACUGGAUCAGCCGGGCUUUUGGGGAUGAUUCUGCGUUGCUAAAACAUGAGCUGGCCUACUGCCUGGGGCAGAUGCAGGAUGAAGCGGCCAUCCCCGUGCUCAUCCAGGUGUUGGAGGACACUGGCCAUCCUUGGGGAGGGACGAGGGGGGGUGAAGCCCUGGGUGCUAUUGGGAAUCCCAGCGUGCUGGAUAUCCUGAAACGCUAUUCAGAGGAUCCUGUGGUUGAGGUGGCAGAGACAUGUCAGCUGGCCGUGAGGAGGCUGGAGUGGCUGCAGAAGAACAAGCAGGAACCGGGUGCCAGCCCGUACCUCUCCGUGGAUCCUGCUCCCCCAGCCGAGGAGACGGACGUCACCAAACUCCGCGAAACCCUCCUGGAUGAGUCCUGCGCGCUGUUUGACCGCUACAGGGCCAUGUUUGCCCUGCGAAACCUGGGCGGCCAGGCUGCUGUGCUGGCGCUGGCGGACG